AAGAGAUAGUCAGUUCUUCAGAAGAAUAUACAUUUUGUCUCUCCUCUCCAACUCUGAAGUAUGCAAGCGAUAAACGCUGUUACAGUAAAGGCAAAGUUUCCCAUCAAAAGCUACAGUGUGGAGCAUGGCUACCCGGCUCGACGCCGCUCACUUGUGGAUGACGCCAAGUUCGAGACGCUGAAGAACAAGGAAGCCAAGCAGACCUGGCUUCAAGAACAACGCAGUGUUUCACAAGAUGAGGAUCUCUCAGAGGAAGAGGUAUUUUUAGUAACUGAAUGCCCUGAUGAAGAAGCUAAUGUACCUAAACAGACCAACAUUGUUCUGACACUCAAGACCGGAAUCACCGUUCUUCCACGAAUUCUGAAAAUCAUAGAGAGUAGCCAUGGAAAUGUAUUCCACCUGGAGACGAGACGAGCGUAUAACAACGUCUCCACCCUUGAUGUCCUGGUACGACUGGAUAUUUCUAGAAACGGUCUUCUUCAUGUGAUGAGGUCAUUUCGUCAGGGUAACUUGGCGGACGUUACAAUUCUUCGGGAGAAAGCUGUCAGUAUCAAAGAUCCCUGGUUUCCUCAUCACAUCAGUGACUUGGACUACUGUACUCAUGUCAUGACUAAGUAUGAGCCAGAAUUGGAUAAUGAUCAUCCGGGGUUCUCAGAUAAAGUUUAUCGUGCUCGAAGGAAGGAAAUCGCCGAAAUUGCUUUCAACUAUAAAUAUGGACAAGUCAUACCUCGAGUACAGUAUACAGAAGAAGAGAUUCAAACGUGGAGAGCCGUGUACCAGCAGAUCAGUCACUUGUACCCUACCCUUGCCUGUGAACAGCACAUCAGAGUAUUCCGUUUGUUGGAAAAAGAGUGUGGCUACGGACCUAACAACAUCCCGCAGUUGGAAGACGUCUCAAAAUUUCUGAAAAGAAGGUCGGGUUUUACUGUGCGACCAGCAGCUGGUCUUUUGACUGCACGUGACUUUUUGGCAAGUUUAGCAUUCCGAGUGUUCCAAGCGACUCAGUAUGUAAGACACAGUUCUUCUCCCAACCAUUCACCUGAACCUGAUUGUAUCCACGAGUUGCUGGGACACAUCCCUAUGCUUGCUGAUCCCAGUUUUGCGCAGUUUUCCCAAGAGAUUGGGCUUGCUUCUUUGGGCGCUUCUGAUACGGACAUAGAGAAGUUCGCCACGCUUUACUGGUUUACUGUGGAGUUCGGACUGUGCAAGCAGAACGGUGAGAUACGUGCGUACGGAGCAGGUCUUCUUUCUUCUUAUGGAGAACUGAAGCACGCUCUCUCAGGAAAACCACAGCUUUUGCCGUUUCAGCCUGAAGAAACAGCAAUCCAACCUUACCAAGACCAAGAUUAUCAAGACACUUACUAUGUGGCCGAAAGUUUUGAAGAUGCUAAAGAAAAGUUUAGGCAAUAUGUAGCUGCUCGUCUACCUCGAGCUUUUGAAGUCUGGUACAAUUCUUUUAGCCAAUCAGUGCACAUCCUGGACUCUGUUGACAAGUUUGAAGAACUAGCAUCCUCCCUCAAGGCUGAUGUCACUCGGCUAAACAACGCCGUCAAUAAGCUUAAAGCACAGUAGCCAUAUAUGUCAGAAGACUCUCGGGAUCUUGUAAUUUUGGAUAUUGAUAACGUUUGUAGGGAUGUUGUGAACCUGGGUAAAAAACAAUCUUUGAGUACUUGUUAUCUUUUGACAUUGUCAGGACAGGACCUGGUAAAAACUAAGCUAACCAAAGAUUACCCCAAAAGAAAUAAUAUAUAUAUAUACAUUUUUCAUGCAUGAUAGGUAUUACAGCGAAACUAUUUCAUGAAAAUCAAACCAAAAAACUAUUGGGUAAAAUCUGAUUCAUUAUAAGUCUAUUCCUCAACUGAAAAAGAGUAGAAUUGUAGACGUCUUCAUUUAUGUAUUGAAUAUUUUUCAUACUAUGAGACUGAAAUUGAGACUUUAAAGUUUAUACGCUAACAUGACAUUAGAAUAUUGUUUUCUUUUAAUAUUUGUUUAAAUUCUCAAUCAAAAUUCACCGUCUUAAGAAAGUCUGGAAAUUUAAGUUAUUCAGUUUUCGUUCUCUUAUAUUGAUUCUUGUUCAGCUUUUACCCGGUCCUGUAAAACCGGCCUUGCUGUCUGACUAUCAAUCUAUUUGUGUAUCUAUUUACAAGUAUAUGCGUAUCUAUCUGUACCUCGCCAUCUGUUUAUCUCUCUACGUAUUUGUGCUUUGUAACAACGUAUAUAUUCAGUGAUAUAAAAUCUGUAUUCUUGCUAUUGUUCAAAUUAAAACUGGUUGCUAAUAUUUUGCGAUCACAAGUUAAAAGUCUGAUAUUAAAUUUCAAAAAGAUUGUUGUAUACAUUAUCAAAUGUCGUUAUCUCUAAACCUAUGCUAACAAUGUCGAAAAACAGUUCAAUAAUACUAACUGUGAAUUCAAUUUGGUGUUUUUUUUCCUAAUCCCUCGAGGAAAUGAAUCUAUUGUUAUAAACGAAAUUUAUUGUUGUACAGAGCUGUGUUGAAGUAUAUUAAAUAUAUGAUGUUUGGCAAAGCAAAAAAUAUAAUGUCUUU